AUGGACACAUUUUUAUUAACGCUUUCAAACGACUUCAAUAAGAUAUUAGAGAACGAACUUUGCUAUGAUUUGAUCAUUACUAUAGGUAAAGAACCUGUUAUCGAUACUUUUAGAGUUCAUUCUGCAAUAUUAUGUGCGAGGUGUCCUUACUUUCAAGUAGCUUUAUCAAAUAAUUGGAUAAAGAAAGAUGAUGAUAAAUUCACUUUUUCUAAACCAAAUAUAUAUCCAAAGACAUUUGAAGUGAUAUUAAGAUAUUUGUAUGGUGGAACGAUUAAUUUAGAUAGACAAGGAUCUUCGGAUUUAAUCCUUCUUCUUGAAGCUUCAGAUGAAUUAUGUUUGAAUGAAUUAUGUGAAUAUAUUCAAGAUUGUAUUAUUACAAAACGAAUAUUUUGGUUACGAGAAAAUUUUUCUUCCCUCGCAAAAACAGUUUAUCAACAUCCAACUUUUGCGAAAUUGCAAAAGGUAUUUACGGAAAUGAUUUAUGAGGACCCUAAACGUUUAUUCAAAUUGGAAUCUUUACCCGAGUUGCCCGAGGAUACCCUUUUAUUUUUGUUGAGUUGCGAUGAUUUCUUUUUGAAAGAGGUUCAAAUAUGGCAACAAAUUAUUAAAUGGGGAACUUUACAAAAUCCUCAUUUGGAUCAGGAUGUUUCAAAAUGGUCUAAAGAAGAUUUUGAGAUAUUAAAAGUUCGAUUACGAAAAAGUAUUCCUUUAAUCAGGUUUUAUCAAAUGUCGUUAAAAGAAUUUAAUGAUAACGUUGUACCUUUUAGAUCAAUUUUACCAGAUGAUCUUUAUAAGAACGUAUUAAAAUAUCAUUCAAGAUGGUUUAAAUUUUACCCUAGAGUUCCAGCAAGAGUGAAACCAAUUGAUUCGACAAUUGUAAACUAUAAAGAUGCCGCAAUUUUGGCAAGUUGGAUUGAUGGUAAAGAUAAAAUUAAUAAUAAGGACACUUACGAAUACCAUGAUAAUCCUUAUAACUUCAAGCUUCUCUAUCGUGGAAGUCGUGAUGGGUUCACUUAUGGAGCUUUAAAAAAACAUUGUUACUAUAAGGGUCCAACAAUUGUAGUGGCGAAAAUUAAAGGAAAGCAAGAAUUAAUUGGAGGUUAUAACCCAUUGUAUUGGACAACAUCAGAAUUACCUUAUUCUUCUUCAAGAACAAAAAAUGGUUUUAUAUUUUCCGCAAAAAGAAAUAAGGAUAAUUUUCAAGAGGAAGCAACGGUAGCAAGGAUCAAAUAUGAUUAUGCUCAUUUUACAACUUAUAGAGGUUAUCCUUAUCUGAGUUUUGGGUUUAAUAAUUUAUCAUUUCACGGUAGAGAAUGUCAUGUUAGAUUUUCUCAUUCCUUAUGUUUCUUUCCUAGAAUUAAGGUACCAGAUAAUUAUCUUUUAGAUGAAUUCGAAGUCUUUGCCGUAAUUCCAAAAUCAAGUUUUAAAUAUUGGAAGAAUAAUUUAAUAUUUUAUAGUUCAUAUAUUUGUGACAUAAGAUUUUAUAAGAGAUGUUUUAUUUUACUUGUAAAAUUAUUACUUUUAAUCUUUUUAUCAUUUGUGUCAUUAGGUUUCUUGAUCAAUUCCUGGAACCCUAUAAGAACAGAGAAUAAUGAUUCUAAUGUAUAA